AUCAUCUUUCGUUCAAAUCGUUGGUUUCAUUUUUACUGGGUCUAUGGUGUUCUGCCAGAUUAUCCCCCCAAUCAGACUUUCACACUCUGCACCACGCCCGAGUUGAAAGUAACUCUUGGCAUGCACAAGUUUCGUUGCAUCUUUUGCUUCAAAGUUUUGAUUAAACGUUCGCUUCAAUGGCCCUAAGAGUACAAUUUUCCAAGAGAGGACAAAUUCAAUAGUCUGAAGAACUCGUAGUCUGUGUAUGCGUAUUUCGACAUGCCCCGAUUUUUGCCUCAAUUCUGACUCAUGAUCACAUUGGAGUGCAGUUCGAAAUUGAGUGCUGAGGAGCUUCCAAAGAUCGAAGAUUACAGCAUUGGUGCGGGGGUCUUCGUUGUUUUGGGUUGCUGGAGUAUGAUACGUGUUUUCUUGCGACGCGGAUGAUUCUUCGAUUGCUGCAGUGAUCAUUAUUGGGUACUAUUCUCUGGGCUGUUGGGGCUGAGCUUUCGUGGUUAUUUACCGCGUUUUGAAGAGCCCCCUUCAGGAAUUGAGAACGCGAUGGGGAAAGUAGUUUUACAGGGCGAAGCAGCGGAAUGGAGCUCUGUUGCUGUUGUUCUUUCUGCAGCAGGAUAAUAGAAUAAGGAUGACAAACUUUGAGAGGGUUCUCAAGGUUUUUUACUUUUGGAGUUGCGAUGGUUCGUUCCGGAGAAUUGCAGGAGAAAUCUAGAGUAUGAGGGGCCUAGAUUGAAGUUAGACAUAUUCAUUCGAAGUUUUUGGCUGCUGUGUAAGAGAAGUGAUCAUCAUGGGACGCACUCCCAUGAGCGGAGGCACUGCCUUCCGAUUUCUACCUGCAGAGGUCGCAGAUAUGGAGAAAGCUCUUGAUGCAAGCAAUGGGGCAACCCCAGCCCGUAGCAUUGUUGAGACACUUGCAGAUAAGUUCACUAACUCUUCUGAGCGUAGCGGUCAAAGGCCAGUUCAAUGGAAGCAGGUGUGGAAUUGGUUCCAAAAUCGGCGGCAUGCUCAGAAAGCUAAGAUUGACAAGCUCAAAGGUGUUGGGCCAGGUGGAGAGACACCUUCUGCUGCAAAAUCGGUUGUUGUGGCAGGACCAAGUGCUGCCAAAAAACCAAACGUCCAUGUGCCAAUGGAUUUUGAAGCCAAGUCAGCUAGAGAUGGUGCAUGGUAUGAUGUUUCGGCCUUUAUUAACAAGCGUACAGGUGAGAAUGGUGAACCAGAAGUGCGGGUUAGGUUUGCUGGAUUUGGGUCUGAAGAAGAUGAGUGGGUCAAUAUUGCAACUGCAGUUCGUCAACGAUCACUUCCCUGUGAGACAACCGAGUGCGUGGCAGUGCUGCCUGGUGAUUUGAUCCUGUGUUUUCAGGAGGGCAGUGAGCAGGCUUUGUACUUCGAUGCGGACAUUUUGGACGUACAAAGACGCAGACACGACGUACGUGGUUGUCGGUGCCGUUUCUGGGUUCGCUAUCGUCACGAUCAAACAGAGGAGGUUGUGCCACUUAGGAAAGUUUGUCGAAGACCUGAAACAGAGCAGCGCCUUCAGCAGGCCAGGGAAGCGAAUGCGUCCAGCAAUAAGUUCCCCAACAAAGACAUUGUUGUUGAAGCUUCAUCAAGGCCAUUGAACGGGACCCCAAAUACCAUCGCUGCACCACCAAUGCCUCUAACUACACCAGCCACACCUUUACAACUCAGCGCUGCUUUCACUGCAACGCCAUUACCAGGCGCUUCUUCCAAUUUCCACACACCCAUCCAACCAGGCACAACCACUCCAGGAUUAACUCCCGUUCAGCCGCUUCCGAUGCAGCCGCUCAAUACUCCAGACGUUAAGUCUUCAAUCCCUCACCAAGCUCCUCCUUCAAAUACUGCCGCUACGCAUCAAGGCACUACUCCUGUUCCCGCCGUUUCUGCCUCUCAGGGACUUUUACCGAGUGCGCCAACUGCUGCAGUUACACAACCCAUGGCUUCAACCUCUGCUCAGCAGCAGACUACUACAAGUAUCGAAAGUAGUCUUGCUCACCAAUUGAGCAUUUCUGCCCCUGCCCAGCACCAUGCUCCUCCGGUUAGUAAUGCAGUUGAACCAGCUCAACAGCAGCUUGCUGCAGAUGUUGCAGUCAUCAAGCCUGGUGUCUCUAGAGCUUCCGAUGAAGAAGCCGUUGCAAGCACUGGAGUCCCUGAAAUAGAUAACGUGGAUAGUGUAAAGCCAACUCUAGCAGUUGAACAAACUGGGCCUUCGACCGUGACUCAAGUGGAUUCUUCUACAACUGUUGGUCUUUCAACGGGCACAUCUGGGGGAACUACACCUAAGGAAGAGGAGAAACCUUUGGCGGGUAAAACCUAGUGUUCAUUACCUGUGUUUGAAUUUACUAGUUAACGUUUUAUCUGUGGCUGCAUCGAGUAGCAAUCUUCCUCAGUAAGUAGAACCAACAAGAACUGAUGGAUUCUCCGAUCCUCAAGAUUUGUGAAGUAUGCAGCCUGUUGGACCCUGCAGGGUACAUGACUGAAUCUUUCGGCUAAGGCGAACGGCCUUGGCUAGCUGACUUUUUUGCAAGCCCGUGUAGCUUUCUCAAUGGUCGUUUAGCGGUGUCUCUAGAGAUCACAGAGAUGUGGUUUUGUGUACUUAAGCAGAGAUUGCUUUGAGUAGGGUAGUGCAUUUUAUGGUUAGCAUAACUGAAUAGGGUAGCUCGACUCUUCGUCACAACUUGCAGCUGCUUUGGUUCAUUUUGUACUUGGUCGAUUGUGAAGUAAAGAUUGGUUGCCUUAACGUUUGUGCA